AUGAGUUGCCGUCUUCAGACCUCUUCUUCCGCUUAUGGAAGUGGCUUUGGUGGUGGUUCUUGCCAGCUGGGAGGAGGUCGUGGUAUGUCUAGCUGCUCAUCUAGGUUUGUGUCCUCUGGGUCGAUGGGAGGCUAUGGUGGUGGAAUGAGCUGUGGCUUUGGUGGAGGAGCUGGUAGUGGUUUUGGUGGAGGCUUCGGUGGUGGUGCUGGAGGUGGAUAUGGAGGUGGAUUUGGUGGUGGCUUUGAUUUGGGUGGUGGAGAUGGUGGCCUCUUGACCGGCAAUGAGAAGAUCACCAUGCAGAACCUCAAUGACCGCCUGGCAUCCUACCUGGACAAAGUGCGAGCUCUUGAGGAAGCCAAUGCUGACCUGGAGGUCAAGAUCCGGGACUGGCAUCUGAAGCAAAGCCCCACAAGCCCUGAGAGGGAUUAUAGUCCCUAUUAUAAGACCAUUGAGGAACUCCGGGCAAAGAUCCAGGCAGCCACUAUUGACAAUUCUCGUACCAUUUUGGAGAUUGACAAUGCCAGGUUGGCUGCUGAUGACUUCAGGCUUAAGUAUGAGAAUGAAUUAUGCCUGCGCCAGAGUGUGGAGGCUGACAUCAAUGGCCUGCGCAGGGUGUUGGAUGAGCUGACCCUUUCCAAGACAGACUUGGAGAUGCAGAUCGAGAGUCUGAAUGAGGAAAUGGCCUACCUCAAGAAGAACCAUGAAGAGGAAAUGAAGGAAUACAGCAACCAGGUGGUGGGCCAGGUCAACGUGGAGAUGGACGCUACCCCGGGCAUUGAUCUGACCCGUACACUGGCUGAGAUGAGAGAACAGUAUGAGGCCUUGGCAGAAAAGAACCGCCGGGAUGCUGAGAACUGGUUCAAGCAGAAGAGUGAAGAGCUGAACAAGGAAGUCACUACUAACACCGAAAUGAUCCAGACCAGCAAGACUGAGAUCACUGAACUGAGACGCACACUCCAGGGGCUGGAGAUCGAGCUGCAAUCUCAGCUCAGCAUGAAAGCCGGGCUGGAGGCUUCUGUGGCAGAGACAGAGUGUCGCUACGCCAUGCAACUGCAACAGAUCCAGGGGCUCAUCAGCAGCAUUGAGGCUCAGCUGAGUGAUAUUCGUAGUGAGAUGGAAUGCCAGAACCAGGAAUACAAGAUGCUGUUGGACAUCAAGACCCGCCUGGAGCAGGAGAUUGCCACAUAUCGCAGCCUGCUGGAUGGUCAGGACUCCAAGAUGACUGGCUUCCCCACCUCUGGAACAAGUAAGAGUCCUUUCUCAGCCUCUGUCAGCAGCAGCAGCAGUGCUAGUGCUUCUGCCAGCACCCGCAGGGCUUCUGUAGAGCCCCGAAGGUCAUAAAUCUGCCCAGCCUAUGGCCCCUCCCUUCUUCCACAAGUCACCUUACACACAAGAAGGCAAGAGGAAUGAAAAAUCACAAGCUUCUGAGGAAUGUGUGCUUGGCCCACCCAGCUCCCUCUACCAGCUGUCCCUGGUCAUUCUGCAUAGGAGGGCUGAUGAUGAAGGCUCUUCUCUCUUGUUCAGCUACCUCUUCCAUCUCUUUGUGAUGUUCCCUUUCGUGAAGGGGGAGGGUGUUCUUCCAUGUCUUUCUCCCUUUCUCUCUCUCAUGUCUCAUUCUCAUACCAUGAUGACAAUUCAAUAAA